AUCCAACAAAGUGACGAAGACGACGACGACGGCUGCGACUUCGUAGGUGCUAAGGGCAUAAGCGCGCGCCGAGAGAGCAGUAGAUGCAAGCCAGACAUGAGAAAGGUGCUGCUGCUGCCCGAAGGAUAUCGUCGGUCUAGUAGCGCAGAACGUCAGCAUAACAGUUUUCGUGCGCGAUCGUGAUUGAUGUUCGUUCGACUCGGCGGCCCCCAUUGAUUUGCCGUGUUUUGUGGAAAGUGUUACUUUAGAGCCGUCGCAUAUUUUGGUUUUGGAUGGUGUGGGGGUUUACGGUUUAUGUGAGAUCGACCUCAAAACUUGGGAAGGAUUUAGAGGAUUGUACACCCUGGAUCCUGGAGUGUGGAUUCAGUUUGAGAAUUCCGGCGCCGUUGGUGAUCGAUCUCGAGAGGACCGUGUGUACCGGCGGUGUCCUUGAAGGAUAGUGAUGAUCAAGUUAGUGAACGGAGGAAAAUGAUCGAUCCAGUGAUAGCCGCGUCUGACAGUGUUAGGAAAUAGGGUGAGGAUUCUUGCCGAAAACGAAAGUUGGUGAUCGAAAGAGUUGACAGAGGUGAUUAGAGCUUGUUAGGUUUGAAGUGAUAACGAAGUAACCGGAAGAUAUAAGUAACGCUGAAACGGAAGAGGAAGGACGAUGGAACUGGUGUCGAUAGUGUUGGUUUGCCUGAUGGCGGUCAGUGCGAACGGUGAGGUGGAGAGCAAAAGCAAACCCGGACGAGGACGGGGGUCCAUGUGGUGGGGAAUCGCCAAGGCCGGAGAACCGAACAACAUUUCGCCGCUGGCGAACGGCAUGAUCUACAUGGACCCGGCGAUCCACGCUACCCUGAGGCGGAAACAGCGGCGGUUGGCGAGGGAGAAUCCCGGCGUGCUGGCGGCCAUUGCCAAGGGCGCCAACAUGGCCAUCAACGAGUGCCAGCAUCAGUUUCGCAACCGGAGGUGGAACUGCUCGACGAGAAACUUCCUGCGAGGGAAGAAUCUUUUUGGGAAGAUCGUUGAACGAGGUUGCCGGGAGACGGCCUUCAUCUACGCGAUCACCAGCGCCGCCGUAACGCACAGUAUAGCCCGGGCGUGCAGCGAAGGAUCCAUUGAGUCCUGCACGUGUGACUACUCGCACCAGAGCAGGGCACCGCAGGCCAGCACCAUGGGUGCGGUGGCUGGCGUGAGGGACUGGGAGUGGGGCGGAUGCAGCGACAACAUCGGGUUCGGGUUCAAGUUCUCGCGGGAAUUUGUGGACACCGGGGAGCGAGGGCGAACGCUUCGAGAGAAGAUGAACCUGCACAACAACGAAGCGGGACGAGCGCACGUUCAGUCCGAGAUGCGCCAGGAGUGCAAGUGCCACGGGAUGUCCGGCUCGUGCACGGUCAAAACCUGCUGGAUGCGGUUGCCGAGCUUCCGAGUGGUGGGCGAUCUGCUGAAGGAUCGCUUCGAUGGCGCCUCCCGGGUCAUGGUGAGCAACAGCCUGCGGACCAGCGUCAACGAGGCGACGCUCUCGAACCGGGCCAACCCGAAUGGGCUCAAGGCGCAGAAUCAGAUCGGCGGCAGCAGUCCCGGGGGACCCAACAGCGUUUCGAGCAAUUCGAUCCACGCCCGGAGUCACCAGCAGAAGAAGAUCAAUCGGUACAACUUCCAGCUGAAGCCGCAUAAUCCGGACCACAAACCGCCCGGUACGAAAGACCUGGUAUAUCUGGAACCGUCGCCGGGGUUCUGCGAUCGGAACCCUCGGCUGGGCAUUCAGGGAACGCACGGCCGCCAGUGCAACGACACCUCGAUAGGGGUCGACGGGUGUGAUCUGAUGUGCUGUGGCCGAGGCUACCGGACGCAGGAGGUCAUCGUGGUGGAAAGGUGCGCCUGUACUUUCCACUGGUGCUGCGAGGUAAAGUGUAAGCUGUGCCGAACCAAGAAGAUUAUUCACACAUGUCUGUGAGGGGACGGCGAAGGAGAACGAAGAACGAAAAAAAACGUCGACGAAAGCUCUUUUUUCGCGUCCACGUUUGUCCGUCGGCGUGGCGUUGAUCUCUGAAUCAUAAUCUUGAGACCUGGGUUGACCGAAAAGGGGUGGCGUGGGAGAGGCGGCAGUGGUGGUGGGAGGUCAGUCGCGCGACCGCCUCAGUCCAGUUUCCAGUCACAUCGCGGCGGUGGGAACCGAAGCACACACGAGAAAAACGAGAACAUCUCCUUAUCUUAAAUAUUCGACUUUUGUUUUAAGUUAUAAUGGAUGACAUUUUAGGCCUCCUUGCGAGAGCGUUCGUCUGUAGUUUUUUCUUGUGAGGAAUUCCUGCCCUCCUCUUGGGAGUAGCUGAAAAAGUUUAAGAUAAAAACCGAGCCCAGAUUAAGAUUCUGAAAUCAAUCCACGGAGGUGACCAGGCGGACAGACAAAGAAGAAAUUGUAAAUAUUUCCGCUUCUUUUUUUAUAAAUAUAUUAUUUAAUUAACUAAAUUGACAACCAAAAAUAUUAUAUAUUUUCGCUUGGUACUUAAUUCUUUGGUUAUUUUUUGUGUUCGCAAGAGAAAAAUAAUGCUAAGAAGAAGGUCUCCCCUUGCCCGUUUUGAACCUGUUUCCCCGUCUGUGGAAGUGUAUCAUAUACCUAAGUAUUUAUUUACUCGAAAAGCAGCUAGAUGUGGUGAAGCAACAGAUUACAAAAGAAAGCGAAAAACUGUUUCAGUAUUAAAUGUCUAUUUAAUCUUUUGAUUAACUGUAGCGACUAAGAUGAACCUGAAAACGCAUUGACCUUGUAGCUUUGUAAGCGAAAACGAGAUCCCAGUUAUUAUAACGCAUUGUAAGAUUGUUUUGUUUAGGAUAAGAAUUGUACAGAACGAGAAAGAGCAACGAAUUUUACUAAGUUAUGCAAAUUAAUAUUUUUUUAUGUUUUAGAGUAUAGUGGAACGAAAAAAGUAACAGACUAACAAUCAAACGAAAGACUGAUAGAAAUUAAAACAAUUUUGCCUCGAGAGAAAGCGAGAAAGAACGAUAGCUUUGUUUUCAAAAUUUACAGCUGUUUAGUAGAAAUAUCAGUGCAGGCACUAAUUUUGCAGAAAAUAACUAUUCUAGGAUCGGAUUUGAGAACGUGCGUUUUUGUUGAAGAGCUGAUUUUCGGCUGCUGAUCGUAAGUCUGUUGAGGUAAGUGAUCUCGCUAGAAUCAGUUUCUGUUGGAGGUAAAGCUUUCGAACGAAUCUUGUGGGCGAUAAGUUUGACAACCACUUUGAUUCGUGAUCCCGAUUUUCUAUCUCAUUCGCACAUUAAACGCAUCAGGUUGAAUUCAAUCAGUAUUCAUCACUUAUCAUCUCGAUGACGCUAUCCUUUUUUGGAUCCAUAUACCAUCCCAGGUUCUAGAGGACGGCUACUGUUGAAUUUCUCCUCAAACGGAUCACGAUCAAAGUCCUUGAACUCUUUGCCCACAACUUUUUCAACAUCGAAACAUUGAACUUCCCUCGAACUUGGUUCAAACGAGAUCAUUAAUCUCACUCUUAUGAAACGAUUUCCGAAAAUUCCUCCCUUCAACAAAAACUCCCGUUUUCGAAUCCUCUAAAACGUAACCAACUUUCCCAGUUUCAUCAUACUGUGACGGACAGAAUCACUGUUUAUUGUUUAUAUCGAUUAAGGUUAUCUUCUUCAAGUGUUUGUCCCUUAACGCCCCUUAACAGAAAGAUCAAAAUAGAACAAUCUAAUCAAAAGCCCCCUCCAACAUUGUAAAUAUAGUCGCCAUAAGUGAGCUCUAAACCCCCCCUUAAGUGCUUGAUUGGUCUCGAUCUAACUAGUAACUUAUUAACUCCUCUCUCGAUUGGAUCAGUGCCCAUAGAAACAAACGUAAGAGAAGUCCCCCUCUGCCUUCGACUGUACAUAUAGGAAGCAAAGAACACAGCAGAAGCUCUUGCAGCGUCGUACACAAGUGAUAGUAAUGUUUCAAAGAACACUCUCGGUUUUAACUACUUAACUCUAGAGAUGACAAAAGAAAUGUGUUGCUCUUCGUCUUUAGCAGCGCGAAACGCAACAAAUAUAGGCUCCCUACUUAGU